CUGCCCCUAUUAGAAGCACAUGGGGCUUAGCUCGCAAAAACUUGUACAAAUCUUUCUUAUUCCAAUUCCAAGCGAAGCAGAGCGAAGAGAGAGCGAGAGAGAGAGUGGCGCGUAGUUGCAAUGGAAAAAACCCCAACCCUAGAAGAACAGCCCAAAUCAAAGCCAUCAACUUCUGAAGAAGAUGAAGAAGAAGAAAACGUUGACAACGGAGACCAAUACAUGCCGGACGCUGCCCAAAACCCUCCUAGCUCUCCCGGUUCUGAUGGCUCCGAUUCCGAUUCCGAAGACGAAGCUCAGCAGAACCUCCAGCUGCAGACCUUGGAGGUGGAGCUUUCGUCCAACCCUUCCAACUAUGACGCUCAUAUCAAGUUCGUGAGGCUUCUGCGGAAAAUGGGCGACAUAGAGAAACUGAGACAGGCAAGGGAAGCUAUGAGCGAGCUCUUUCCACUGACACCUGCCUUGUGGCAGGAAUGGGCCAAAGAUGAAGCUUCUCUUGGCACCGGGCAUGAGGCUGUUCCUGCAAUUGAGAAGCUUUAUGAGCGAGGAGUAUUCGAUUAUCUGGUUUGUUAUGGAUCUUACUAACAGAAUUUGGGUUUUUUUUUCCCCCUGGUUCUUGUUAUAGUAUAUACUGUUUAAAUCCCAAGAGGUGCCAUCUAUUUUCUUUCUUUUACUGUGAGGCAUUAUAUCAGGAUGUAUGGCACAAAUUUCUUCCCCCGGCAAGUAUAUUGGGACAAAUAACACAUAUUUAUGUUGCUUUGGCGGCUUGAAAAUUGUUUUUGGAGAGUUGGUUGUCUUUCCCAAAAAUCUUGUAUUCUUAAUCCUGAACCAUAUGAUUUGAAAACUUGUUCACAUUUCUAUGAAAAGAGAGUAAAAAAGGAACAAAUUGAUUAGCUGAAGUGACAACAACAUGAUAGUGAGGUUCACAUUAUAAUAUCAAUCUAUGUUUGUAGUUUGAUGUCCAUGUGGUCGUGAGCCAUUUUGAAGGUGAAAUUUUCCUUUCCUUGUUUUAUGAUUUUGGCACAUCAGUGUUUGAACUAAAUAAAUUUGAAUCAUCUUCUAGUCUCUUCCAAUUCUUAAUGUGGAGAAAUUAAAGCGA